CAAGUAAAAAUGGCCAAGUAAAAGCACAAGAUGCACAAAAUGCCACGAUGCUGAAAAAGUAACCUAUAAAAAAUAUGUCAUCGCGUCUUGAGAGAAGAUUGAGAGUCGCAUCCAGUCGACUAGUCCGACGGCUCCAACUGUACUUUCUGGCAGUGAGCCCUCUUGUGCUAUUCUCUAUUCUUCGUUUUAUCAGUUAUAGUGAUGUUCCUGCGUUGGUCCACUACCUAGUUUUGGCCUUGGCAAACUGGCGAAUAUGGAGUUUGUUUCGUGCAAUGACGGUGAAAGUUUUGUUUGCGUCGUGCAAGACGAAACUACAGCGGACUUUCACAGCUCCAAGCAUCGAACUACGUGCACUCCGACAACUACCGUGCGCAGCUUCUAUCAAGAGGUCGCUAGCUUAGCGCAUUACAUGAUUGAUACGUUUGUGUUGGUCUGGUGCAAUCCGAACGGUUCGGAUGAACGACUGAUUCCUGACUCCACAACAACAUUGGGCGAGCUAGGCCUAUCGGGCAAACGGCAGAACUUCCUGCUGUCCCAGAAAGAUGGUAUCGACCCAGUGAAGAGCUUUGUGAGCGUCAAUGAGCAAGGCGACCGUACCAACAUACACGCCGGUGAGAGCAAUGGAAAUAGCCUCUAUCCUGAAGAUCAGACCACUCCAGUCUCUAUGAACUUGGUGGCGUUGGGAACGGAUGAUGACACUGUGAGCUCGACCACAGGUACGUACGGCAGCGACGGCGGCGGUAUUGCCAGCAGCAGCAGCAGCAAUGCAAAGACAGAGUAUGUGGGACUGGUGAACCAGGCAAUGACAUGCUACCUGAACAGUCUGCUGCAAACACUGUACAUGACGCCGGAAUUCCGCAAUGCCAUCUACCGAUGGCGCUUCGACGGCACACCGGACGAAGAAUCGCGCAGCAUCCCGUUCCAGCUGCAGAAGCUCUUCGCCAACCUGCAGACGUCCACAAAGGAUGCGGUGGAAACAACGGACGUCACGAAAAGCUUUGGCUGGACAAGCAGUGAUGCAUGGCAACAGCAUGAUAUCCAAGAGCUGUGCCGCGUUAUGUUUGAUGCACUGGAGAAGAAGUUCAAGGGAACAGACCAAGACAAUCUCAUCAAGCAGCUGUAUGAAGGUGAAAUGCAGGACUAUGUCAAGUGCCUGGAAUGCGGCCACGAAAGUGCAAGGACCGAUACAUUCCUGGAUGUGCCACUGGUGAUUAAGCCGUUCGGUGCCAGCAAAGCCUGCGGUAGUGUUGAGGAGGCUCUGAAAGCGUUCGCCACACCAGAGACCCUGGACGAGUCAAACCAGUACAUGUGCGAUAAAUGUGACAAGAAGGUGGACGCGCACAAGGGACUGAAGUUCCUGAGCUUCCCGUACCUUCUCACGCUGCAGCUGAAGCGAUUUGAUUUUGACUACACAACGAUGCAUCGCAUAAAGCUGAACGAUCGCGUGACCUUCCCACACAGGUUGGAUCUGAGCAACUUCAUUGGCAAGGACGGCGGCGGCCACGGCGUGGCGAGUCGUCACUGUGACACUGCUUGCCAACAGACUGGACAAACUCCUCCUAGCGCUGCCGCGACAGGUCUCACUGGUGAUGAUGACGUCGCGGUGACAUCAACAAUCGGUGAAGCGUCGUCAUGCUCUGCAGCGGCGGAAGGCCAGCAGCCUGACAGCUGUGAUCGUGAACACCAUGCCGCGGCGAACGAGAAGGAACUUGCGUCACCGACACCAAGCAGCAGCGAUGAGUCCAGCCCAGCACAUGAGUAUGAGUUGUUCUCCAUAAUGGUUCACUCGGGGAGUGCGAGUGGUGGCCAUUACUAUGCCUACAUUCGCUCCUUCAAAGAUGGCGAGUGGUACAGUUUCAAUGACACAACGGUGAAGGCGAUUUCUGACCGAGAUAUUGAGAGUACGUUUGGCUCUGGGACCAGCUCAUCGUUCUAUUCCUACUCUAGCAUGUACAGAUCAUCAGCUAAUGCGUACAUGCUCAUGUAUAGACAGGUGAGUAGCUCCAACUGCAUUGAAUACAUGUGUGUAUACGGAACGGGCAAACUCAGUGUUCUCCUUUGGUCAAAUUUAGUACUACCUUACUAUGCCUACAUUCGCUCCUUCAAAGAUGGCGAGUGGUACAGUUUCAAUGACACAACGGUGAAGGCGAUUUCUGACCGAGAUAUUGAGAGUACGUUUGGCUCUGGGACCAGCUCAUCGUUCUAUUCCUACUCUAGCAUGUACAGAUCAUCAGCUAAUGCGUACAUGCUCAUGUAUAGACAGACUGAAGAAACAAAGAACUCACGCUCCUGCAUUUCAGUAUCAGUUGGGUUUGUUGGAAAUGGAAUACGCUUCUGUCAUAGCCUUUGGUCAAAUUUAGUACUACCUUACUAUGCCUACAUUCGCUCCUUCAAAGAUGGCGAGUGGUACAGUUUCAAUGACACAACGGUGAAGGCGAUUUCUGACCGAGAUAUUGAGAGUACGUUUGGCUCUGGGACCAGCUCAUCGUUCUAUUCCUACUCUAGCAUGUACAGAUCAUCAGCUAAUGCGUACAUGCUCAUGUAUAGACAGGUCAACGCAGAACGCAAUGCCAUGCCGUUAGAAACAGCCAUGUUACCGGAACAUGUAACAGAGGUGAUAGGCCGUGUUGCUCGCGAAGAAGAAGAGGAGCGCAUUCGUGUGGAGCGGGAACGUUCUACUCUGAGAACCAGAAUCUACUAUGAUGAUCCCGGCCAUGACAAGCUUGUUGGUCGGCAGAUUGCGUUUCAUAACGAGCUGCCACUUGGCGAGGCACUGGUGGAAGCCCAUAAGCUGUGGGAGCUUGAUGCGGGUAUUGUACCGCUGGAGAGAUGCCGCUUAGUGAAGUACGAUUCCUUCUACGAAGUUCCGAGCAAAUCCCUGGACCAUCUAGAUGUGUCAACACCUCUCUCCAAGAUUGCAGCAACUCCAUUCUCUUCAAGUGAGACACUGGCCUUCAUGCUGGAAGCACGUUGUGAGAAUGAAGAGUUUGAGGAAUACCAGUCGUCCGAUGAUUGCUGCUUCCUGAAGAUCUUCUAUGUGGACCUUAGUGCUGAGACAGUGACACGAAAGCCAAUGAUCUGUGCUGAUCUGCAAUGGACGGUGCAUGACUUACGUCUAUACCUUGCAAAGAAGUUCAAGUGCAGUGUGGAAGGAAUACGUUUGCUUGCGGACCGAUACUACUCUGCUCCUCAGCUGAUGACCAAGGAGACAUCAACUCUGAAAGCGCUUGGUUUCUACGUCUCUAACAAGAUCUAUGUAUCUGCAGCCUACACUGAAGACCAACUCCAAGAUGUGUUAGUUCCGUACGAGACGUCUCGCCUGCAGGGCAUUGUGGACACUUGCCUUCAUACGUUGCUGCUAACUGUCACGUUGCCAUCAGAAGAGGCCAUUUCCAGGUAUCGGAAUGCUACCGUAGGCCAAGAAGCAAGCCAAAGCCAACCGACCUCCAACGGAAACACAGCUCGGACAAUCUGUCUGGCAAUGGACAACCGCAAGACUAUAUCUGAUGUGAAGGAGAAGCUCUCCGAAGAGAUCCAGCUCCCUGUUGAGUCGUUCAAACUACACAGAGCAUAUGGCACUGGUCAGGAGUUUGAAGUGACCCGACCAACGGAGCUGCUAACGCAAUAUGACGGCAAAACCCGCAUCCGCGUCAGCCUUGGCAGAGCGCUGCGAAUCGGUGAGUACCGUGUGAAGGUACACCUGUUUCAGCUCGACAAUCCAGCCCAGGAGGAGCAGGAGAAUGGAAGUUCUCCUGCUGCAAAACCAGCACUAACUAAUGGUACAGCAGAGUCAGCAGCAUCGGCAACGCCACCACUCCUAAUUGCAGCAUCAGGAGCUAACGGGUCGGACGCAAAAACAGCACCGCCAUCGCCAGCAGCAGAUGAGCCAACUGAGACGACCGCUCCCAUUGAAGAAACUGCAAAGGCCACAGCAGCAGCAGCUGUUACAGCGCAGAAACCGAUGGCAAAGUACGAGGAUGCGCAUGAAUCUUACCUCCUGUGCACCAGCGUGGUGAGCAAAGGAAUGACCGUGCUACAGUUAAAGAAGAAUAUUCUGAACGAUUCCUCGACAUCACUUCCAUCAUCCAUGCCACGUGACCCAUCCAGGCUGCGCCUGCGAAAGCGUUGCUGGAAAUAUCCAGCGACCGUUCUUCUCGACACAAUGAAGUUUGAAGAAGACAUCAGUGUUUACACUAACUGGGAUGUCUUCCUACAAGUGUUGCCAGAACCGGAAUGUAUGACAAGUUCGUUGCAAACGAUUGUCUUUGUUCGCAGGUGGAGGCCAUCUUCAUAUUCGUUGGGACCAUGGAAAGAGAUCGUCUUGCACGACAAGUUACCCAACACACUGAAAGAUGCUAUUUCCGUCCUCUCAGCCAUACCAGCCGAGCGUGUGAAGAUUGCUCGCGGUCGUGGCAGUUUCCCGUGUGACACUGCAUUGCUUGAUAUGCCCGAUCAAGAUUGGGACCCUGACGUUCGAUCACUCGGAGACUACCCGGUCAACCUGUCGGACGACGGUGUGGUGUUCUUCUACUGUGACAGUGAGGAGAAGCUGCAGAAUCUGAGCGAUGAGCGGCGUAAAGACAUACAGAAGCAAGAUACCGCACGCUUUGGCAAUCAGUCAACCGUAUCCAGCUAUUACUUCAGGGAGAAGGCACUGAAGAUCUAUACCAGUGUCGACGAGGACAAUGACUCUCGCUAAGCCAACAAACACAUACGCAGACAACUGUUGCGGCAGCAGCAUCAGCAGUGCCAGCAGCAUCAGCAGUGCCAGCAGCAUCAGCAAUGCCAGCAGCAUCAGCAGCAUUAGCAGUGCCAACAUUAGCAGUGCCAGCAGCAUCAGCAGCAUUAGCAGUGCCAGCAGCAUUAGCAGAGCCAGCAGCAGCAUCAGCGGCAGCGCUGGCCGCAGUUACCCAUGGACUAGCAGUUAUACAACAUAGUCCACAAUUGUGGUGGUAAGUCCUGCGUGUUACCGGUUUCACUUGGAUUUGGACUGGCCGCUGUGACUGUGUGUGUCAGGUGAGCCCCUGCUACUACCACUACCAGCGUCAUUGUAUAGCUAUCAACACUGGUGUGUGUUUAUGUCUCUCCCGUAUAUCAGUUAGUUCAGCUAUCAGCACUGGUGUGUGUGUGUGUGUGUGUGUGUGUGUGUGUGUGUGUGUCUCUCCUGUAUAUCAGUUAGUUCUAGUUGCCCCCGUUUACCCUUGUAAAGUUAUUUGUACUAUAUACGUCUGCAAGACAUCAGUCUCGGCAUUGUUUUCCGACUAUUGUCUGUGUCCGGCGUACGUGUGUGUGUGUGUGUGUGUGUGUGUGUGUGUGUGUGUGUGUGUGUGCGGGUGUAUGUGUGUGUGGUGCGUGCAUAUUUCCAAGCUUUCAAAAUAGCCCGGCUGAUUGUCUUGAGUUAUGAUGUUGACUUUGCACACCACAGUCUGUAUUGUUUCUAGCACAACACACACUGCUUGUGGUGCUACGGCGCUGGUGUGACCUGCAAGACUAAUAAUAUUAUAUACCUACAAGUCUCCUUGUUCAUAAACGUGUCUUGUGUGUGGAGACUGAGUGAGCACUUAUACAUGCUCACACUUACUGACUACUAUGUACAAUGGCGUG